GGAGGGAGGCUUUACAGACACUCACACUCUCUGCAUGGGUGAAGAGAGCUGUUGGGUUAGAGGACAAGAGGAUACCAGCGCUACCUCUAUCCUCUUCCCACUUACGACGAUUUGUCCUUUUAAGAAAGUCACCUGCUCAGGUGGGGUUCUUGUUUCCUUGGAUGACUGGCUUGCCAUUAAGGCAAGCGUUGUGAGAGGACUUCUGAAAGUGAUCUAAAAGCUUUAGUUUUCUUCAAGUGGGAACAGAGAGAGGGCAGCCAUGGCUCAUGCCGCGGCUCACAUUAAGAAGGCCAGGUCCGAGAUGGAUCAACCUCCGGACCUGAAGGCUCUGGAGAAAGCCAGAGAGAGGAGGAGGCGUUCCCGGGAACGGGCUGAACGCAAGCGCAAGUCGGACAGUAACACCAGUUUCCUGCGAGCGGCGAGGGCAGGGAACAUCGACAAAGUUUUGGAAUAUCUGAAAGGGGGAGUGGACAUCAGCACCUGCAAUCAGAAUGGUCUUAAUGCACUGCACCUGGCAGCCAAGGAGGGCCACGUGGAUCUGGUCCAGGAGCUGCUGGACAGAGGUGCAGCGGUGGAUUCAGCCACAAAGAAAGGAAACACAGCACUGCACAUAUCCUCUCUAGCUGGUCAGGCUGAAGUAGUGAAGAUCCUGGUCAAACGAGGAGCUGACAUCAACGCACAGUCUCAGAAUGGAUUCACUCCGCUGUACAUGGCUGCCCAAGAGAAUCACCUGGAUGUGGUGCGAUACCUGCUGGAGAAUGGAGGCAACCAGAGCACAGCUACAGAGGAUGGCUUCACCCCUCUGGCCAUCGCCCUCCAACAGGGCCACAACCAGGUGGUCUCUAUCUUACUGGAGAAUGACACUAAAGGCAAGGUCCGCCUGCCUGCCUUGCACAUUGCUGCCCGCAAGGACGACACCAAGUCGGCCGCCCUCCUCCUCCAGAACGACCACAACGCUGACGUCCAGUCGAAGAUGAUGGUCAAUAGGACUACUGAGAGUGGAUUCACCCCCCUGCAUAUCGCUGCCCACUAUGGCAACGUCAAUGUGGCCACGCUCCUGCUGAACCGAGGGGCAGCAGUCGACUUCACAGCAAGGAAUGGCAUUACUCCUCUACAUGUGGCGUCCAAGCGUGGCAACACUAACAUGGUUGGCCUGUUACUGGACCGUGGCUCUCAGAUUGACGCUAAAACGAGGGAUGGUCUGACGCCCCUUCACUGUGCGGCUCGGAGUGGACAUGAUACAUCUGUGGAGCUGCUGCUGGAGAGAGGAGCACCCUUGCUGGCCAGGACCAAGAAUGGGCUGUCUCCUCUGCACAUGGCGGCACAAGGCGACCAUGUCGAAUGUGUCAAACACCUCCUGCAGCAUAAGGCUCCUGUUGAUGAUGUCACGUUGGACUACCUGACAGCGUUGCAUGUGGCAGCCCACUGCGGUCACUACAGAGUCACCAAGCUGCUACUAGACAAGAGGGCCAACCCCAACGCCAGGGCACUGAAUGGCUUCACUCCACUGCACAUAGCCUGUAAGAAGAACCGAGUGAAAGUGAUGGAGCUGCUGGUCAAAUAUGGAGCCUCCAUCCAGGCCAUCACAGAGUCUGGUUUGACUCCCAUCCACGUAGCAGCCUUCAUGGGUCACCUGAACAUCGUCCUGCUGCUGCUGCAGAACGGAGCAUCGCCCGACGUCAGCAAUAUUCGUGGGGAAACAGCGUUGCACAUGGCAGCCAGGGCAGGGCAGGUGGAGGUGGUCAGAUGUCUGCUGAGGAACGGAGCAAUAGUGGACGCCAGGGCACGGGAGGACCAGACUCCCCUCCACAUUGCGUCCCGUCUGGGAAAAACUGAGAUUGUGCAGCUGCUGCUGCAACACAUGGCUCAUCCAGAUGCUGCCACAACCAACGGCUACACCCCCCUCCACAUCUCCGCCAGGGAGGGGCAGGUGGAGACAGCCUCUGUCCUGCUAGAGGCCGGAGCUUCACACUCACUGGCCACCAAGAAAGGCUUUACUCCCCUGCAUGUUGCCGCCAAGUACGGCAGCCUAGAUGUAGCCAAACUUCUGCUGCAGCGCCACGCUCCACCUGAUUCUGCUGGGAAGAACGGCCUCACCCCGCUCCAUGUCGCAGCACAUUACGAUAACCAGAAGGUGGCGCUCCUGCUAUUGGACAAAGGAGCGUCCCCGCACACCAUGGCCAAGAACGGCUACACUCCUCUCCACAUCGCGGCUAAGAAGAACCAGAUGGAAAUCGCCACGGUGCUGCUGCAGUACGAAGCCGAGACCAACAUCCUGACCAAGCAGGGCGUCACGCCGCUCCAUCUGGCCGCCCAGGAGGGCCACGCAGACAUGGCUGCCCUGCUCAUAAGCAAGGGAGCCCAGAUCAACGUCCAGACUAAGAGUGGCCUGACUGCCCUCCAUCUGGCAGCCCAGGAGGAUAAAGUGGCCGUUGCUGAGAUUCUAGCCAAAAACGGAGCCAACCUCGACCAGCAGACCAAAUUGGGCUACACCCCGCUAAUUGUAGCAUGUCACUAUGGUAACGCCAAGAUGGUCAGCUACCUGCUUCAGAAUGGAGCCAGUGUCAAUGCCAAAACCAAGAAUGGAUACACUCCCCUACACCAGGCAGCCCAGCAAGGAAACACACACAUCAUUAACCUACUGCUGCAAAACGGUGCCAAGCCCAACGCUAUCACUGUGAACGGUAACACGGCUCUAGGUAUUGCCCGGAGGCUGGGCUACAUCUCUGUGGUGGACACACUGAGGGUUGUCACUGAGGAGAUCAUCACUACCACAACGACGGUGACAGAGAAACACAAGCUGAACGUGCCAGAGACCAUGACGGAGGUGCUGGAUGUGUCGGAUGAAGAGGGCGAUGACACGAUGACGGGUGAUGGAGGGGAAUAUCUGAGGGCUGAGGACCUCAGGGAGCUGGGAGACGACUCCCUGCCAGGACAGUAUCUGGAUGGAAUGAACUACCUCCGCUUCAGCCUGGAGGGGGGACGCACCGACAGUCGAAUGCAAAGUUCCGACAGGUCUUUCACACCCACCCACCACAGCUACUACUCCCCUAAACAUGAGGGCAUGAUGGAUGAGAUGCUCAACUGUCACCAGAUUUCUACACUGGCCAGGGAGAAUGAUUCUUACCGCCUGAGUUGGGGCACAGAGAAUCUUGACAAUGUGGCUUUAUCCUCCAGCCCCAUUCACUCUGGCCAUUCCUCUCCGUGCCAUGAUCAUGGAGACCACAGCAGCUUCCUGGUCAGCUUCAUGGUGGACGCCAGGGGCGGAGCUAUGCGAGGUUGCCGACACAAUGGCCUGCGCAUCAUCAUCCCCCCGAGGAAGUGCAGCGCACCCACGCGGGUGACGUGCCGGCUAGUGAAGAGACACCGUCUGGCCACCAUGCCCCCGAUGGUUGAGGGUGAGGGCCUGGCCAGCAGGCUGAUCGAGGUGGGGCCGUCUGGAGCACAGUUCCUCGGUAAACUCCACCUCCCCAGUGCCCCUCCACCUCUUAAUGAGGGAGAGAGUUUGGUUAGCAGAAUCCUCCAGCUCGGCCCGCCGGGGACAAAAUUCCUUGGUCCUGUGAUUGUGGAGAUCCCCCACUUUGCUGCCCUGCGAGGGAAAGAGAGGGAGCUAGUGAUCCUGAGGAGCGAGAGUGGAGAGAGCUGGAAGGAGCAUCACUGUGAACACACCCAAGAGGAACUCAACCAGAUACUCAACGGCAUGGAUGAGGAGCUGGACACGCCAGAGGAGCUGGAGAGGAAGCGCAUCUGCCGUAUCAUCACUAGAGAUUUCCCACAAUACUUUGCGGUUGUGUCGCGCAUCAAGCAAGACAGUAAUCUGAUUGGUCCUGAAGGAGGCAUCCUGAGCAGCACUGUUGUGCCCCAAGUACAGGCAGUUUUCCCUGAGGGGGCCCUGACCAAGAGGAUCAGAGUCGGACUACAGGCCCAGCCAGUGAAUGUGGAUGUAGUGAGGAAGAUCUUGGGGAACAAGGCUACUUUCAGUCCCAUCGUCACGCUGGAACCCCGCAGGAGGAAGUUCCAUAAACCCAUCACCAUGACCAUCCCCGUCCCCAAGACCAAUUCCGACCCAGUCCUCAAUGGCUUUGGAGGGGACACCCCCACCUUACGGCUGCUUUGUAGUAUCACUGGUGGAACAACGCCCGCUCAAUGGGAGGACAUAACAGGAACCACACCGUUAACGUUCAUCAAUGAUUGUGUCUCCUUCACCACCAAUGUGUCUGCCAGAUUUUGGCUGAUAGACUGUCGACAAGUCCAGGAAUCUGUCAACUUCUCCACUCAGGUGUACCGAGAGAUCAUCUGUGUCCCUUACAUGGCCAAGUUUGUCAUCUUUGCCAAGACCCACGAUCCCAUUGAGGCCAGACUGCGCUGCUUCUGCAUGACAGAUGACAAGAUCGACAAAACCCUGGAGCAGCAGGAGAACUUCUCCGAGGUGGCCCGCAGCCGAGAUGUAGAGGUCCUGGAAGGGAAACCUAUCUAUGCAGACUGCUUUGGAAACCUUGUUCCCCUUACCAAAAGUGGCCAGCACCAUCUGUUCAGCUUCUUUGCCUUUAAGGAGAACAGACUAGCACUCUUCAUCAAAAUCAGAGACAACACUCAGGAGCCGUGCGGUCGUCUGUCAUUUAUGAAAGAACCCAGGAACUACAGGUCACUCACCCAAAAUGCCAUAUGCAACCUCAACAUCACCCUUCCAUCAUACUGCAAGGAGUCCGAUUCAGACCAAGAGCAAGAGGAAGAGACCAGCAGAACGCUAGAGAAAUAUGAAGAGACGGAGACAUCAGUCCUGAAAUCAGAGCUGAUCCGAGAACCAGACCUCCUAUCCGACGUGUCGGAGAUGAAACAAGAUUUGAUCAAAAUGACUGCCAUCUUGACUGCAGACUCCACAGAGAAAUCCCCUUCCUUAGGAGGCUGUGGUAUAGAGAAAGGGGCUGAGGAUGUUUCUGGAGAACCAUUAGAAAUAAUGGAGAAGGACUUAGAGAAAGUCAAAGAGGACCUAGAGAAAGUCAGUGAAAUACUGAGGAGUGGAACAUAUGAGGGUGAGGCAGCAGAGGAGGUAGCAAAAGCAGCUAGAAUGGCUGAGGAGUGGGUUCUCCUCUCCGACAGUGAGAUAGAGGAAGCCAAAAAGAUGGCUGCCUUAGAAAUUCAAGAGCCUGUCUUACGUGAAAGUAGAACUAACAGGGGGGCACCCAGACCGAAAGCCAUAAAGGACAGUGGCGACCUUAAAGAAUACCUUCUGGAUGCACCAGUAAGCUCCAAAAUUAAAGCUAAAAAAGAGCCAGCGGUCCAAGAAAGAUUCACUGAUGUUGUACUACGCAAAAGUGCAAAACCAACCACUCCAACCAAAGCACAUGACAAAACAGCUUCUGCCGAUGUUAAAAAGCCAGUCAGAAGGAAGGGGAAAGACCAGGGGCAAGCAGAGGAAUCAACAGACACAGGAUCUCUUUUAAGUGUGCCUAAAGCCCCUUCCCCAGCGUCACCUGUAUCCCCAGUGGUUGAAGAAACUCCCAUUGGGUCAAUAAAGGACAAAGUCAAAGCCUUACAGCAGAAAGUAGAGGCAGAGCAAAAGAGCAAAAAGGUUACUGGAAGCAAGCCUUCACAAUUGCCUGUGAGCAAGUCCUCUCCAAAAGCCAAAGAAAGCCCUAAAUCGAAACAGGGCCCCCCUAAAUCCCCCAAAGCUGAAUCUGAAAAACUUGAAGAGACCAUGUCAGUUAAGGAGUUGAUGCAAGCAUUCCAAACGGGGCAGGACCCCUCGAAGAGAAAGUCUGGGCUAUUUGAGCUAAAAACAUCCACAACGACAAGAUCAGAGAAAACUACAAAAUCAGAAACCAUCCAGUCAAAAUCCAUGACCAAAGCAAAAACUUCACAUGUCUCUCAAGAACGAGAAGUAUCUUUGGAUUCCAAACCUCGCAAGAAAGAGACCACUCAGCAAGACAGAGAGAAAGAAACCAAGUCAGUUGCUGCCGCCCAUUCAGAGCUAACUGAAACUGUAGACUUUGGAAAUGGUGGUCUUGAUGAUAGCUCUGACAGCUUAAAACAUGAGGGUGUGGCAGACUCACUAAGUGCAAGUUCUGGAGAUGGGACCCCUCAUAUGAGCUCUGAGGACAGUUACAAACAUGAGGGUCUAGCCACUCCAGGUACAAGCCCAGAAAGUAUGUGUCUUUCUCCCAAAACGGGACAGCAGACCUCUACAACUUCAGCAGCAACUGCCACAGCAGUCAAAGAGGAAAGUAAAGACACAGACAAGUUUGGAGACUCUGGUUUAGGGACCACUGGUGACCAACUGUCUACAGAAUUGACCCUCCCUGUCUCUUCCAGCAAGGCUGCAGACGACCACACUACAAGUGAGUCCAUAUCUGUUAGGAGGAGUGAAUCUAAGCCAUCUAAACCCCAAAAGCUUACAAAGAGAAUUUCAGAGACUGUUGAAACUUUUCUUAGCGAUGACGAGAGCCCUGAUCGUCAGCUAGAAUUGUCUUUAGUUGGUUCUCCAGGUUAUAGAUCCUCUCCUCAGUGUCACGAAAGCUUAGAGCUGCAUUUAAAACAAGACUCAGAUGCUCUCAGUCCAUUAGCUGAUGACUCUUUGACAAUAAGCCACAGAGACUCUCUAGAGGGUAGUCCUCUCAUGGAAGAAAACUCCUCCCAUAAGUCCCCAGAUUCUAUUGAACCUAGCCCAACCAAGGAGUCACCCCCUCAUGACUCCUUAGAGAGCAGCCCUGUAGAGCAAAAAAGCCACCCAUCCUUCCCAUCAGCUCUAGAUCCACCUAGUAAAUUCUCUAGCCAUCCAGAGCCCUCCAAAGCUACAGAAUUCCCCCAAGAUGCUUUGCGUGGUAGGCUGCUACGAGACCAUGAGGCUAGUGCUGAUGAUGACAGUUGUGAGCAGACAUCUCAGAUGACAAGUUCCGGUAAGAGUCCCCUUUCCCCUGAUACUCCUAGUUCUGAAGAGGUAAGUUAUGAGGUAAACCCCAAACCCCCUGACCAUACAUUCCUCUCUGUUCCAUCCAAACCGGCUGUCAUCCCUGAAGACCCAGAUGAAGAGGAUCCAUCAGAAAGCUAUGAAGCUCAGAGAAAAAUCACUCCAGAGGAGGAGAUGUUUAAGAUGGCAGCCAAAAUAAAAACAUUUGAUGAAAUGGAACAAGAUGCCAGGAGCAAAAAGAACUCUAGAAAAGAUUUGUUUCCAUCAGCAGAUGCCAAAAUAGGGGAUGACAGCUAUGAAACAUUAGAGCUCGCAAGUGAGAAGCUUUUGCAAAGUGAAUGUGGGCUCAAUAGACCCGCUGAAGAUUCAAAGUUAGCUCUUUUUGUUGAUCCCCAUAUUAAAGUACAACCUCCCUCUCCUUUUUCAGCAGGUUUGCAUGAUGGAUCCCACAGCAAAGAGGUCAAGAACACAACAACAACAACAACAACAGCCAGUGUCACUUCAGAGGGACCUCAUUCUGUCUCAGACCAGCAUCAUUCAAAAUCCAAACUGGAAACUGCACAGGAACAAGGAGUCCUGUCAUCUGUAAAAUCUGAUAAAGACAGUACUACCAACAAGGCUGCUGUAACAUCAAACUCUGCAAACAGGACUGAUGAGCAAAAGGAGGCGAGCUUACGGAAAUCGAGAGAAAGCGAAGGAGAUGAUGAGGAUGGUCAAGAGUUAGGUGUUACCAAUCUACAGACUGGAAAGCUAAAACAAGGUAGCAAUGUAACAGAUGAAGUGAAAGGAGACCAAAAGGUACAUACAGGAGCAUCAGAGGCUGGACUCAGUGCAACUGUUGUCACUGGUCAAACAAAGGAAAUGUUUAAACCGGAGGUCUGUAUCUAUGAUGACACAGAGGAGGAUGAUGAAGCACUGGAACCUCCCAGAACGGAGUCAAAAGGUGUCACUGCUAGGGUAGACACUGACUCAUGGUCUGCCAUGCGAGAGGAUGAUGCCGCUUUUGCAGCUCGUGUGAAAGAGGAAGAACAGAAGAUACUUAAUCUAGUGGUAGACCGUCAGUCUGUGCAAGCAACUCCAGACACAACACCUGGUAGAACCCCAACAGAAGAGAGCACUCCUACCAGUGAGCCCAACCCUUUUCUAUUCCAAGAAGGGAAGCUCUUUGAGAUGACACGAAGUGGUGCUAUUGACAUGACUAAGAGGAGCUAUGAGGAAGAGGGGGGUGGCUUUGCCUUUUUCCAGAUAGGUGAACAGCCUCUAGAGGAGCCUCUCUUAGAAGAAGCCAGGCAAGAAGGCGUUAGGUCAGCAGCAGAACCUGAAGUUGGUCUCAAUCUAACACUAGAAGUUAAGACCGAGGAGACUGAGAAAUCAAAAGAAACAACUGGUUCUCAGCUUCAGUCUCCACCUGAAGGUGAUCAGUCAGCCUCUAAAUCUGAUGCCUCCAAAUCUAAAAUCCCUAAAAUGGGCAUUUCAGCUUCAGGAAAAUCUACAAAGAAGGAUCAGACAUCCCCUGAAGGUCUAGAGACUAAAACAGAAAAAAAUGAAAGCUUAGAUUUAGACACAAGUACCCCUGACCAAAUGAUAACAAAUGUACAGACAGCAGAAACUACCGUCACUAGAUCAGUUUACUCUGAGCAGGGCCAAGAGUCCUCCGAUUCUUCACCAGAGGAACCACAGUCAGUAAUAGAAGCACCCAAACCAACAGGCAAGUCCAAACAAAACGAGUCCAGUAAUGUUAAAAAGACUCCAGUUAAAACGCAAGCUAAGUCUGCUUCUCAAAGUCGCAGUAAAUCAGCAAUUCCCUCUCCAUCUCAUGCAACCCCCUCUUCAACCACUCUUAAAAAAGAGGCCUCCUUCACCUCUGAAUCUAAAUCUAGAAUUCCCAUUAAGGCUAGCACUCCCAAGCCUGAUUCUACUGUCAAAAAUACUGAAUCUACCCAAGACAAAAAGCUUAAGGUCCCUGUAAAAAAGGAUACAAGGAGAAAGUCUGAGACAGACGCAGGUCCCUCUGUGGAUGUCAAAACCAAGACAUCUUUCAAAGCCAAGAGCUUCUGUGAGGGGGAGUCUACCAGGCCAUCUGCCAAAAAGAGCGCUGAGUCAGCGAAAUCUAAAAGCUUCCAGUCCAGAUUGCCAAUCCGAGGCAAAAGUGGUCAGUCAUCUCAUUCAUCAACACCUACUAAAGAGAAAAGUGAGACACGCAAACAAUCCAUUGAGUUCUUCGAAGAGAUAAGCGAUGAAGCAGCAAAACUUGUGGCAAGGUUGGCACAGGCAGAGACAGAGAAAGAACAAGAGUCUGCAGCUGCCAACUCAGAUGAUGAGAGCAGUCUCAUUGACCCAUCAAUCAUAGAAAGAGAAACUUUCCCUGAGAUGCAGUUCCCUCCCUCAGGAGACAUCUUUCCUAUUAGACCACUCUGGGACGACCCUGUUGAGACACAGAUGCAGCGAAUUCCAGAUGAUAAAGCCCAAAGUCAAGUAGAUCCACAGGAUGAAGCAGAGAGAAAAGAGCAACGGUUGGCCAUUAUAGCUGACCAUCUGGGCUUCAGCUGGACAGAAUUGGCACGAGAGCUGGACUUCAGUGAAGAGAGGAUCAACCUGAUAAGAAUUGAAAACCCCAACUCACUUCAAGACCAAAGCCAUGCCCUUUUGAAACUCUGGGCAGAGAGAGAGGGAAAGCAUGCCACAGAAACAACACUGAUCAAAAGACUGACCAAGAUCAACCGAAUGGAUAUUGUUCACCUCAUUGAAACCAAGAUCAUCAAGUCCACUCAGGAUGAGACAUCCUCACACACCUAUGCAGAAAUAGAGCGGACCAUAGCACUGGAUCAUAGUGAAGGUUUUUCUGCCCUUCAUGAAGACAUUGACAGUCCCAGGCCAGGCAGGCGUACAGAGGCCACACGAAGGAGUCCAGGCUCAGGACAAGAGGUACCCAUGGUGUCAGCAGAGGAUCUGUCCUCCAGUUUGUCAUCACUUCACGAGACAAUGGGAAGAUCAGAGACAGAUUCCACAGCAACAGGCCUUCUUAGAAAUGCCCAGAAAGAGAAACUACAAAAAGAGAUGGAGACAACAUACUCAUCACAAAGAGUAUAUGAGGAAUUGACAGACACAAUACACUCAAGCAGUUUUAAACAAGAGAUAGCAGAGGAACUAGGGUUGCUGUCCUCUGAUAGCUCAGAGGAGGAGGUGCUGACCACCAGGGUGGUCCGACGCAGAGUUAUCAUUCAGGCGGAUAACCUACCAGAUAUCCCAUCACAGACUGUCACGGAGGAGAAGUACACAGACGAGCAUGGCAACAUGGUAGUUAAGAAAAUCACACGGAAGGUGAUUCGUAAAUAUGUGUCAGCUGAUGGCAUGGAGACACAGGAAGUGACCAUUGAGGGCUCUCACCAGGAGACGGUACAGAUUGAGGAGGGAGACACUGUCUCCAGAGUGGUAAAGAGAACUGUGCUCCACAGUGAGGGAGAUCAAAAAGAGCUGACCUUUUCGGAGCCCCUGGCCCUGGGUGCCGCCACAGCUUCAGAGUUUGAGGUGGAGCCAGUGCAAGGUCGAAAGGUCAGCAAGGUUGUCAAGACAACGGUGGUGAGAGGCGAGAGGAUGGAGAAGCAGACGGGAGACUCCUCGCUGGCUGCAGAUCUCCCCUCAGCCAGAGAGGACUUUGAGAAGGCGUUGAGUUAUGCUGGAGGCUUUGGGAAAGUGCUCCUGCCUCAUGUAGUAGAGAAAGAGAUUGUGCAGGACGACGGUUCUGUGGUUAAAAGGUUGGGCAGCAGCAUGGGAGUGUGAAAUGACCACAAAGACACAGCUGUUUACUGAGAGCAUUUAGAGGUUAACAAAAAGGCAUGCUGUGAUUGUCUUCUAACCAUCAAUGUUACCGUCCAAACUUUGAUUUCAAACACUGACUUAUUGUUAUUAUCGCAGCCGUGGUUUAACAUACAGUUUAAAAGCACAGUGUACAAUUAUGCCUUGACCUUUCUUAAAAUGUUUUAGAUGUGAUAAAGUCGACUUGAGUACAUUCUGCAUAAUCGUCAUGUUAUUAUGUCACUGACUCCAUAUGUUCAUAACCGAUUGGAUGAUGAUUGCCAGAAGUUUGAAAAUAAACCUCAGACUGAAAACAUUCAUGUGGUUGAAGUAUGAAAUGUGGACAAAGUUGCAUGGUGUGUGUUCAGUUUCUUACAUACCAUGUUUAAAAUGCUUGGUUAACCCACAUUUUAGGUCACUGUAGCAUAGACACGAUAGACGGAAUCUCUGUGUGUUUUU